GUUAGUUGCAGUGAUAAUAUAACAGUUCUUUAUACUGCAAUAAUUGACACAAAACAACCGUUAUAGUAUUACGUUUGCACAUUAGUGUCGGUGAUGUCGCUUUAAAAUAGAUAAAAUUAUAAUUUAAUUGUGUUAAGUAGCCUUCAACGCAGUAUAUCCAGAAGCAGGGCACGUUAAAAAUUGGAAAUAAUGUCAAGCCUGAGAUUCGCAAUUUUUCUUUUAUUGGCUGCUACAAUUAGAGCUGCUGAUACUGAUUGUCCGUCCUUAAAUGAUGCUGAUAAUCUCUCACAGACACAGUUAAUUGAACGUCUUACACACGGUUGCCGUUAUGAUCGUCUGGAGCGGCCGGUUAGCUACACCGAAUCGAAUGGUGCACGCCUGCCUAUAGACGUGUAUGUGCGUGCUUACAUUUACUUCAUGCAAAAUUUGGAAGCGCAUGAUUUGCAGUUCAAAAUACAUGUGUUGCUGCAGCUCCGAUAUCUCGAUCCGCGUUUAACUUUCCGUAAAGUGGCGCCAAAACGAAGACAGCCUAUUUUGGGUGAGAAACAAUUACGAGACACGCUUUGGAUGCCGCACAUUUUUCUGGCAAAUGAAAGGGAUUCAAGUUUGCUAGGUACUAAUGAAAAGGAUAUACUGACAUCAAUUUCCCCCGAUGGCACCGUAAUCAUAUCGUCACGCAUUAAAGCUACGCUCUAUUGUUGGAUGAAUUUGCAGAAAUUCCCUUUCGAUGAGCAACAGUGCAGCACAAUAUUAGAGAGUUGGAUGUAUAAUACAUCUGAGCUCGUGUUGCAUUGGGAACAAAAGCGACCAAUAACGCUCGAUCCGGCGCUACACCUAACCGAAUACAUGCUGCAUGGUGCUUGGUCCAAUGAAACUGUAGUCAAUGCCGAUUUAAAUGAUUUGCGGCAUGGUGCUUUCGCUGGCAAUUACAGCUCACUAAGUUUCACUGUACAUUUAACGCGUCAAGUCGGCUUCUAUGUGAUGGAUUAUUUUCUACCCUCAAUGCUUAUAGUGGCAAUAUCUUGGGUGUCCUUCUGGUUGCAAGCAGAUCAAGCCCCGCCGCGCAUCAUGCUGGGCACCAGCACUAUGCUAACAUUUAUAACACUGGCCUCAGCACAAGGUAAAACUUUACCCAAGGUUAGUUACAUAAAAGUUUCGGAAGUGUGGUUCCUCGGUUGUACACUCUUCAUUUUCGGCAGUCUCAUCGAAUUCGCUUUCGUCAACACCAUUUGGCGUCGCAAACGUAAUGUGGAUGUGAAAAAAAUGAAUAGCAAACAUAUACUCAAAUCAACAUUGUCGCCACGCUCCAAACGACGUGCCACUGGACGCUCGCGUUCUUUCUGCGUGCCACCAGCAAGUACACAAAAAGAAAACGAACCAUUUAAUAAUUAUCUUACGGUACAUAAUAUACCGAUACACACGAUACAUGAGCAUGAAGCGGUGGAUAAUCUAUCGAAAUCGACUAGUUUUAGUAGCACAACAUUAAAUACUGGCGAUUCAAUGCCUUACAAAAAAGCAGAUUUGGCAAGCGUUGAAAUGGGCGAAGAGCAUCACAACAUCGGCUGGACCACGCUGACACCGCAGGAAAUAUCCAUGUGGAUCGAUCGCAAGGCACGUUGUAUAUUUCCUUUAGCUUUUCUAGUUUUCAAUGCAUUCUUUUGGACAUUUGUCUAUGUUGUUUAAUUUUAGUGCUAUUUUAGUGCUUACGGCACACUUAAAUGCUUUUAGUGUUAUUUAACUGCU